AUUUCCUACUCUGUGGGCGAGGCUCAAGACUAGUCGCACUGUCUCAGCGGCGUAAUGUUGAGGCUGCAGGUUGUUCUGGGCCACCUCAAUGGCCGACCUAAGUCGCACCCGGCGCUGCAGGCUGCACCGUGCUUCAGUAGCUUCCCGCAAGCCUCGGCUGCGGACGUGGUGGUGGUGCACGGACGGCGCACUGCCAUUGGCAAAGCGGGCCGCGGCGGCUUUAAGGACACCACCCCAGAUGAGCUUCUGUCGGCCGUCUUGACUGCAGUUCUCCAGGACGUAAAGCUUAGGCCUGAGCAGUUGGGGGACAUCUCCGUGGGAAAUGUGCUUCAGCCUGGAGCUGGGGCCAUCAUGGCCCGGAUUGCCCAGUUUCUGAGUGGCAUCCCAGAGACUGUGCCUCUGUCCACGGUCAACAGACAGUGCUCAUCAGGGCUGCAGGCAGUAGCCAACAUAGCUGGUGGCAUCAGAAAUGGGUCUUAUGACAUUGGCAUGGCCUGUGGGGUGGAGUCCAUGUCCCUGGCUGACAGAGGGAACCCUGGAAAUAUCACUUCACGCUUGCUGGAGAAUGAGAAGGCCAGAGACUGCUUGAUCCCCAUGGGGAUAACCUCAGAGAACGUGGCUGAGAAGUUUGGCAUUUCACGAGAGAAGCAGGAUACCUUUGCACUGGCCUCCCAGCAGAAGGCAGCAAGAGCCCAGAGCAGGGGCUGUUUCCGUGCUGAGAUUGUGCCUGUAACCACCACCAUCCACGAUGACAAGGGCACCAAGAGGAGCAUCACUGUGUCCCAGGAUGAGGGAAUCCGCCCCAACACCACCAUGGAGGGCCUAGCCAAACUGAAGCCAGCUUUCAAGGAUGGCGGCUCCACCACGGCUGGAAACUCUAGCCAGGUGAGCGAUGGAGCAGCUGCCAUCCUCUUGGCCCGGAGGUCGAAGGCAGAAGAGUUGGGCCUCCCCAUCCUCGGGGUCCUGAGGUCCUAUGCAGUGGUUGGAGUCCCACCUGAUGUCAUGGGCAUUGGACCUGCAUAUGCCAUCCCUGCAGCCUUGGAGAAAGCAGGACUGACAGUGAAUGACGUGGACAUCUUUGAGAUCAAUGAGGCCUUUGCAAGCCAGGCUGUCUACUGUGUGGAGAAGCUAGGAAUCCCCCCUGAGAAGGUGAACCCUCUGGGAGGAGCGGUGGCCCUGGGCCAUCCCCUGGGCUGCACUGGGGCACGACAGGUCAUCACGCUGCUGAAUGAGCUGAAGCGCCGUGGGAAGAGGGCAUAUGGAGUGGUGUCCAUGUGCGUUGGCACUGGGAUGGGAGCUGCUGCUGUCUUCGAAUACCCUGGGAACUGAGUCCCUGGCUCAAGGCACUACCCAGAUAGUGACUCUAGGGAAGCAAAUCCACGUGGGACAUUCAUCACUGGUGGUGGGGACAAAUCGAGGCACUUCAACUAAUUUGGAAACUAUGAACACUGAUGACACAGUACAGGAGUGGGUGGGUGUUGGUCCUUACCAUCAGGCCCCCUCUAGCUGGGCCAGACAAAGCCAGUGUGCGUCACCAGGCCCCCAUGUAAAUCCUAGGGAACUGUGGUCUCAUGAAUGGGGAUAGAAUGGACAUAAUAAACAUGUUAUCUCAUCUUGA